GUCCCCCGUCUCCGUCAGUUUGGGAGUUUUCACAUUUCGUAUCGAAGAAGAAGAACAAAACAGAAACAGAGACUUUCUCCGUUUCUUAAGGUACAUUCUUGAUUUAACAACUGCUGCAUUCUUUUAGUGAGCAUUUCGAUACUGAAGUGUGGAGACAUGGCAGAGGAGGGUCAUAGGGUUACUUUGAAUGUGUAUGACUUGAGCCAAGGGCUAGCUAGGCAGAUGUCUAUGGCAUUCAUAGGAAAAGCCAUUGAGGGGAUAUGGCAUACAGGAGUCUCAGUAUAUGGUAAUGAGUACUACUUUGGGGGAGGCAUACAGCAGGCUCUUGCUGGAUCAACACCAUAUGGGACACCAUUACGAGUGGUGGAUUUAGGUGAAACACAUGUGCCCAAGGAUGUUUUUGAGUCGUAUUUACAGGAGAUCAGUCCCCGAUAUACUGCUGAGACCUAUAGUCUACUUACUCACAAUUGCAACAACUUUAGCAAUGAGGUUGCUCAGUUUUUGGUUGGUGCAACCAUACCCGACUACAUUUUGCAGCUACCUACUGAAGUUAUGAGUAGUCCGAUGGGAGCUCUUAUAUUGCCUAUGAUUCAAAAUUUGGAAGUGACUUUAAAAAGUGGUGCGGCUCCUCAAGCUCCACAAUUCAGGCCUCCUGUAGUCCAGCAAACAGCUAAUGCCAUGAAAUCCUUGAGUAAUUCUAGCAAUGUGACUGCUGAUAAAUCAAAAUCUGCAUUGGAGCUGACCAAACUGGAGAAUAAAAAGUCAGGAAGUGAUGUUAAAUCUAGAAAUGGGGUUGUAGAUCCUCUUGGGGAUGCUCGUAGUAAGGUGCAAGAAGAGAUUGCGGCUGAAUUUACCGCACUAAUGGCAAGUGGAACAUUGCGUGCAAGUGAGGCUGCGACACUGGCAACUAGAAAAGUGAUGGAGAGAUAUGGUCAUGCAAGCACACAAAUGUCACAAAGUUGAUGAGUUAUAUUGACAGCGUUUCUGUGGAUUCCACCUUGCUUGAGCGAAGAUGUGAUAUGUUUUGCUUUGGAAUUGUACUACCUUUUUUGAUUUUAAUGUACUUUUGUUUUUUAAAGAAGCAGCAAAUGCCAUUGUAACAAGGUGAUUAGUGGUCUCAAGAUAUGUUGGACU